AAACACGUCUACAUUAAAAAUUAGGGAACGAGAUAGUUAAAAUACUUGUGGAUUAGUCUUCCUUCACAAUGCGACGUGUUGUUAUUCAAUGUCGAAAAGAUGAGGAUAUACCAAUACUAAUGGAAAUAAUCAAUUCAUUCAAUGCAUUAUUAAUACGUCCUGAUACACCGGAACGAUUUGAUAUGAUCCAUGUGGAAAUAUCAGAGGAGAGUGAGACAACACUAACUGACUUCAAAACUCAAUUAGAAGAUAAGAUACCUGAUGUUGCUGUGAAAAUAUUUUGAAAAAGAUAAUACCGGACGGAAGAUGGAAGAUACAAUCAGACAGUUGAGGGAAGUGUCUAUUGAAUUUAUUACAAACAAUGACUACUAUUAUUCUAUAUUGUUGUCAUCACCAUUGUGAUCAUUGUGUAAACAUAAAAUUUUAACAAAUAAAAAUUAUUAUUA